AUGCCAUUUGUACUAAUUAUUUACAUCUACACGACGGCUUACAUCUUUUUUAGUAUGACCGGGGACGAGCUUUACGCCGCAAACAUUGCGCUUUACAAAGCACCCUACGAAGUGAGAUUUUUCUCAUUCUCCCACUUCAAUUAUUUCAAAUUCAGUUUUCCAUGAAAAUCAAACUGAUACUCACGAUAUCUACCCCAUGUGGUUAUCUACUUAUUCUUUGGAAGAUACAUAAGCAAAUUUCCACAUCUUCAGUUUCUAACAUUCGAGGACAUAAGUCAAUCGUUCUUCAGGCUUUGCCGAUUUCGAUUUAUUCUUUAGUGAGUUUCAAAUUACUUCUCCUUCCGAAAAAAUGUCUUCAGAUGACGUCAUUCGACGUUUAUUUGAUACCGAUUUCCUUAGAUUAUCACGUCGGUGAAGCUGGAGCCACUCUCUACCUUCUGAGCAUCCUUAUGUCAGGUUUGAAUUAUUGAUCUUUUGUUAACUUUCUUAAUAUUCAGCCUAUGUUGUACCUAUAUCUUUUCUCAUCGGGAACUCUCAGAAGCGAAAAAUGUUCUUAUCAUUGAUUCGCUUGGAUUUCAUGCGAAAUUCAAAAGUUCAUGCAGAAAGCCCUGCAACGACAAACUGA